UCAAGCUCGCCAAUAUCGGGACUAAUUUAAGCCAUCACCGUAUAAACAAAAAAGUUGUCAGAAAAAUGACAGAUUCUUGGCUUACAGACUAUGACAGAUGCCUGGAACUAGGGCAGGAUAUAAUGCAAAAAAUCAACGAAAGAAACAAACAUAACAGAACCAGUACUCCAUAUACAAAGUUGUCAGCACAAGUACGCUCAUCUAUGAAACAGUUUUCUGGAGAUCUACAAAAAUUGAAGAAUGGAUUGAUCAGAGCAACAUCAUCCUAUCACAUAACACAAAGAGAGGUGGAGAGACGCCAAGUAAUGAUAGACAAUCUUACAACGAAAGAGAAACAAAUUGAACAAGCAUUCCGCAAUGAGGCAGGAGAAUCCAGGUAUAACUUGAUGACUGGAGGAUCAGAAUCGGCUGAUGUAUGGGGGGUACAUGAAGAGCCAGAAGAUUUGAGAAAUGUUGGCAAUUCUGAAAUACGAGUACAACAACAACAAAUUAUACAAGCACAAGAUCAAGGACUUGAAGCAUUGUCUGAUGUGAUUGCCAGACAGAAAAAUAUGGCAUUAGAUAUUGGAAAUGAAGUUGACUCGCAAAAUGAUUUGAUAGAUGACAUCACUGACCAUACAGACAGGACAGGUCAUAGACUCAUCAAGGAGACAAGACAUAUAAGAAUAGUAGAUAGAAAAUCAGCCACAUGCUGUUACUGGGUAUUUAUUGUGCUUCUGUUUGUGGCCAUACUGGUGGUGAUUAUAGUUCCAUACAAAGGUAAAGGUGCCUAGCAAAACUUACACAGGAAACAGACAAAUUUCAUCUUUAUCAUAGACAUGUAUAUUAUACGUAUAUAAAUAUGUAAAUUUGUGAAAUAAUUGAUAAAUGACUGCCUUAUAUAAAACAAUGUAUUUUUAGCUCCAUAUUUUGGAGAAAAGGGGUGUGUCAUGACCCACUUGGUAAUGUAUUUGGAAAAAACAGUGUAUUUUUGAAAUGUCUUAUAAAUAGUAUACAUGCAGUGGGAAACUUAAUGUGUAUGUAAAUUUAUCAUUGACAUUGUAACUCUAUUGGAUAUUGGCAGUGAUGAUGCAUGCUUAAACCAAAUACUUUAGUCACCGGUACAGAGUUUGACUAUCCUACAUUUCCACAAAGGCUCACAAAGCUCUUUAUUGUCAACAGUUACGUCUGCUUAAUUUUAUGAUUGUAAUUAUCAAUACUGAAAUCCCUACAACUACAAAUGGACUGUUCCAUAAUUCAAAAGCAGGACAAGUCCAUUAUACAAGUUUUGUAAGAUAAGGGUUAAGGCAUUACAUUAAUUUUUGUCACCCUGUGAUUUUGAUUGACUGAGUUAAGUGUGUGUUAUGAAAAUUGAUAUCAAACUGCCAUUUAAGUAAUUCAUGUACAUUAUUUGAUCAUAACCUAUGAAACUGGUAUGCCAAUUCAAUUUGUAUGUAAAAUUAAAGUCCUUGGUUAAACUUGUCCUGAUUACUGAUAAAUUCCGGUCAUGUUAUAAAAGUCAGGCCUGUUGGCAAAAAAACAAAACAACAACACCAUACCCUUUAGUUGUUUUGUUUACAUGUAUAUAAAUCAUUGUCUUAUGUUAGACAGCUUCUUUGUAUAUUGGAACUUGAAUGUACAUAAUUUAUUAUUUUAUGUCCCUUAUGUGUUUUGGAUGUGAUAAUUGUGCAAUAGAAUGAUAAUGGGACCAAAUGGUCAUCUUAUUUU